AUGGCGGAGAGCAGCCCCCGCGUCUCCCUGGACCCCUCCCGGGUGGCGGCCGUGGCCGACGAGCGCGUCGAGUUCAUCCGCCAGCAGGCCUUCGCCUCCCUGCGGCUGAAGACCGAUAAGUGGAAUCGCUUCAUCGCCACCGAGGAGAACCAAAGGCUUCUGCUGGACUUCCUAGAUAAAGGCUGCCACCAGCGCCUGGUUCUGCUCACUGGGCCGGGAGGGAAGCUGCAUGCUGGCGACGGGCAAACCCCUGCACUGUGGAAAAGCAAGCUUUUGUGCAUCCUGAAAAAAAGGAACACGAAAGUGUCCCAGUCCAACUUCAGGAGAGAGCUUUGGCUGGGGGAGGUAUCAAGCCAGUCCCUGGAACAGGUGUCUGUACUGGUCUCUGAGGUGCUGGUUUCCAUCCUGGCCAACACCAGGAACCAUGGAGGCUGGCCACAGGCUGUGUCGGAGGACGUCCGCAAGCACAUAGAGAAGCUGAAGAGCCGCCUCACCACCCUAAGGGGCAGAGCGGAGGGCCGGACCCUGUUGCCGCUGCCCCUCUGUGUGGAACAGGCCGAUGAGGAGGACGAGAAGGGUGCCCUCUUCAGGUCAGCUGAGGGCAGCAUCGACUUGCCACUGCUGUACUCCAUCGAGACCAUGGUCAUCCAGUGGACUCAGCAGAUGUGGGAGGUUCUGCAGAAGGAUUCCAGCCAGGUCCUGCUGCGGGAGGACAGUGCUGGACCUGACGCUGAAAUCAACUUCUGGGUCACGCAGAAAGACGACCUGCUAGGCAUUCAGAAACAGGUGCGAGCCAUUACAGGAUUUUAA